AUGGAUAUCAUCAAGCAUGGCAUCCCCCUCUUUGAGAUAAAUGAUCUUAGUGCUUUCCUUCCAUCUAUGCUUGAUGACAACAUACAAGAGCUUGCCCUUGGUGUGUACAGUUCACCUGUCAGGACAGAGUUGCCACCUUUGAUAUUAACAGCCUUGUCAGAACCAUGCUCCCUGGGCCAGCAUGAUGAUACCACCCGAUUUCGUCAACUGUUGUGUCCAGACACCUCCUGUGAGGUAUGUAAUAAUGCAUCUGCUGAGGUCAGUCGACUGCUGUUCCCAGAGGCCCUGGGAGAUGCUACUUCCUCUGUGUCCCCUUUGGCUUCUACAGCUCCUGUGACUGACUCAUCCUUUAUUCAAUCUAAAUCAAUUUCCAUCUUAUCAAAGCCUGUUCUGGAGAAGUCAUCUUCAGAUAGCCCUGAUGGGUUUUCUACUUGUGUUCCAACAAUCAGAGGCACUGAGCACUCAGGUCUGUCAUCUUCAGACUUCUCCUGGUGGAAAGCUCAUGUCAACAAGAUGUUCCUGCCCACAUUACCACACUCUGAUAUUCAGCAAGAGCAUGUACCUGUCCAUCUACCAGAGACCUGUCUCUGUAGAGACUCUGUUACCAAAGACAUGGAAGCCAGUAGCCAUUCUUUCCUUGGCCUUAACAUUCAGGCACUUAUGAAAAGACAAAUAAAAAAGAGAAUGGCUUUCCAGAGUUUAGAGAAGAAAGAAAAGGAAGAGGGACCAUUUUCAAAACAAAUGUGGUCAGAAUACCAAAGGACAUCUUCAAGGAAUUCGUUGAAGUCACUUGAUAUACAGGACACUGUAGAUCCCCAAACUGACUCAAACGUUGAAAGCAAAUCAGAGCAGCUGCACAUUUGUCAGCAGCUCCUAUAUGUCAAGACUUUGGGGGGAGACUUGCAACAGAAAUAUAGCCAGCUCUUCUGGGGUCUUCCUUCUUUGCACAGUGAGUCCCUAGUGGCUACUCUUCUGGUUUCUAGUAGUAGUUCCCCACUAGAGUCUCACUUUGUCCUAUUCAAUGGAGUUUGUAAUGGAUCUUCAGUCAAAAUGCAUGAUCAAGAAUCUCCACCACAUCUUCAUUCCCAUCCCCUCCCCCUUCCCCAUGUACAUCCACAAGCCUUGCCUCAAACUAAACGUAAAUCCAAGCCCCUUCCUUUCACUCAAGUCCAGCCCCAGGUCAACCUUCAAUCCCGACUCCCAAUCCUGCCAUCUUCACCUCCAUCCCAGAUUAGGGACUGUGGAGUGUCUUUCCAUAGAUUACAGAAUGAAUCAGACCUUCAUAUUGCAACUGAAAAUCAACACCUGGAAUGGCACGUGUUACAAAAACAGCAAGAAAGUUUGUGGGGUUUAGUUCCUAUGCUCCACAAAUCUCAAGAAGCCACUUGUCCUCGAGCUCUUAAUCUCCCAUUGGUCAACCAGUCGUCCCAUGCCUGUGUACCAGUCUCCAUCAUUCCUGACCAUUUUCAUAUCACCAGUGAACCCCAAGAGAAAUCGGAGCUUCAUGUUCCAAGGAGGCUAAUUCCACGCUGGUGUCUCCAAGCCUGUAGGAAUCUAGAGUCUCUAGCAUUGAUGGAACCUCAGCAUAAAUUAAUAGAAGAAUCUCAACAGAGAGGCAGACAUGUUCACUUACAACUCUCUGAGCUUAAUGGCCAGCAUAGCAAAGAUCUAGGGAUGACUGAAUUAGGUCUCCCAGGAAGUUUCCAGGAAAGAGUCCCAACAAAGUUUCAGCUAAGGGAUGACAUGAGGAAGAAUCUUGGUUAUAUCCUAGAGAAGAGCCCAGAAGACAGACCACAAGGGGCCUCAGAAUGCUACCUAGUGCAGGGUCUGAGGCCUGCCUUGGGGACACAAAGUAACUGUGUGUGUCAUUCAAGGAAUCACUCAAGUUAUGAACUGUUAAAUGUCUCACGGAAGGACAUAGAUCGGAACCAAAUAAAAACCAUUCUUAGAUUACAUGUAAGCACAAAGUCUUGGCAGAUCAGUGCAGGUAGGAUUCCUGUAGGUGUGUGUCGUUCAUGGCUGGCUGAGGACAAUACUUUGCCUCCUUCUAGAAGUUCCCAGACCAAUAUGGAGGAUGCAAAUUCAGAAAACACAAAAGUAGCUAGGGCCUAUUGCCAAACUAGCACUCUAGAGCUUUCUUUUCUCAAUCCCAAUACCCGAAAGGUGCUAGAAGCCCAUAUUUUAAGGUUUCGUGUGACUCAGAGAUGGGGCCUACCCCUCAAGGUUCUUGAAUCCAUAAAAUUCUAUAUGUUGAGAGAAGCUAAAACAUGGCCUCUUCCCCAAUUUGACUUUCCCUCCUCAACCACCCAUGUUUCUGGGGCGGAUUCUAAAACUGAGAUUUCCAAGCCCCUUGAAGGAAGCUCUACAACUUCUCAGGGGAAGAAGAUGAGAACUACAAAUUCAGUCCCUAUGCUGGCUCAUCCUCUCUCCGUUAUCUCAUCUGUGGGCAAUGAAGGACAGGGGGCCCCGCAACCAUCACACUCUGAUUUCCACCAAAAGCUUACAGAAGAUGUCCGGACAACUGAUCGUGGCAGACAGGCGUUUCAGUCCAUCACACACCGAAACAAAGACAAAGUGGGUCAGAGUGAAACUCUAGUAGACAACAGAUGCAGCCCAGAGGUGCCCAGAAGGCAAAGUGGGGAUGGACAUGAGCCAAGGAAUAAGAAUGUGUACUCCAGUGACAGAGUAGAAAUGAUUCAGGUCCAAAAGAUGGUGGAGAAGAAUUUAGAACAUUCUUUCAUGUCCAACAGGUCCAGAGAGAUAUUCAAGGCCAAUGAGCUCUGUGCCCUUAAAUCACAAUCUUGUGACAUUUCAACAACCAGAAAGGUGGAAAACUCACAAAGGACAAAUGUCAAAAUGAAUAAAGUAGGAAAUACCCUGACCACUCAAUGUCCCUCACCAAAAACAUCUGUCCGUCAAGAUUCUAAACUAUCAGUCCUUGAAAAACAGCUCCUUACUGAGUUAAAGUUUAAAUUAGAGAGUCAGGAGCACAGCCAGGCUCAGUGCUGUCCCACUGACGUGCCCCUGACUUCACAUAGCUUGCCUUCCAAGUUGUCACUGACUCAUGCCCAGGGUAUCUCCACUGGGGCCAUGGCAGCUUCCCAAGUGCCACGUGUCCGCUUAGAGAACAGUGGGGUCAGUAUGGAGCAGUGGCAGGAUCCCUCUAAGCAUGCCUUAUGGAUGUGCCAGGACAACAAUUUCCCAUCCACUGCAAAGAGAGUGAGCCCUCUAGGCUCCAAAGCAGGAGAAUACAGAAGUGAAGAUUCAGAAUUAGGGACAUCUAAAACCAGAAAGAAGAGCCAUCCUAUUGAGGACAGAGAAUUAAAGGACACUUUCCCAUCUUGGUCACAGGAUGAACAGCUUCCUCCUGAAAGUUACUUCAGAAAAAAGAUGAGGCAGUUUUUUCAGUGGAUCGAUUCUAAGAGAAAAAUCAAAGCCCAGGGAAGUCCCCAACAAAAAGCCAAAUUCAAGUCCACCUUUGUGCAGCACCAAGCCUCAGUUGAGAGUGCUUCUGGCUUUGUGAGUUAUGGGCCUCCUGAAGCUCAGGAGCUCAUGAUGGCCAUUGGGAAGAUCCUAGAGGAGAAACUGGCAUGUAUGUUGGAAUCUGAGGCCUCAGAAUUCAGGCAGCACAAGAAAGAGCUGCAGACCCAGAGGGAGUCUGACAAGGGACAUGCCUCCAACUGUAGGGCUGUCUUAGACCCACAGCAAAAGGGAUGGGCAAGUACCAAGUCUUCAAACCAAGAAGCUGUUUCUGCUGACCAGAGCUGUCUCACAAGUGUUAGACAAAACAGAGACAGGAUCACACAGCCCCAGAAAGUUGCGGCCUUUGAGAACUAG